AUGUUGCCGCCCUCCUUACGGCGGAUCCAACGCCUGGCACGGCUGCCCAUCCAACGUGUGGCCAUCCGUCAACUCUUGGAAAGAUCAGCCUCGGUGUCAGAAGAACACCAUGUCCAACAUGCUCGAUGGAUCCAAGAGGAGAUGCCUGUGCGACUGGCACAUCGGCUUUCGGAUUUCCUGCAGCUGCCCUUCGUCAUCGUGUGCAACGCUCGCUUCCACGAGGUCUUCCGUUUGUUUCUCCAUGCCUUCGAGACGUUGGUGGAGUCUCCUCCAGUGAAGGAUGCCAAAGAUGUGGAGGAGUUUGCCAAGAUGCUCCGCAGCCUUGUGCGAGGGCAUGACAACACAAUCCACAUGUUGCAGGAAGGCUAUGCCGAGCUUCACGCACUCCUGGAGGAUUUGGUGGAGCUGGAAGAGUUUCUGAAUCAAACCUGCUUCACACGCAUUGGCAACCGUGUUCUUGCAGAACACUUCCUGGCUGUACAUGAAGCACGGAGCUCAGGAGCCACUCAUGACUUUGUGGGGGUCGUUGAUCCGAAGUGCUGCCCCAGCGAGUUGGUGUCCGAGCUCUCAGAGAGUCUGGGUGAUUUGUGCGAUGAGCUCUUUGGACGAAGGCCCAAGGUGAAUCUCGAAGGAGAACUGGACACGCAGCUCUCCUUUGUCCCUGAACACUUGCGCUUCAUGCUUCAAGAGAUUCUGAAGAACAGCUUCCGCGCCACUCUGGAGGCCCACCGGGCUGAGACCCCACCUGUGACCGUGGAGGUGCUCAAAGGCAUCUUUGAUGUCACCAUAAAAGUCUCUGAUCGAGGCGGCGGCAUGCGGCCAGAGGAACUACGACAAGCUUGGCGUUACGGCCAUUCCUGUGCCACCAAGCCAUCUGUGGACGUCCAGCCAAAGGACGAUUUCCAGCUGCUCUGCGGGCGCGACGCGGCAUCCAUGCGGCAGCUCGCUGGCUACGGCUUCGGCCUGCCGCUGAGCCGCGUCUACGCCCAGUACUUUGGCGGGGACAUCCAUGUGCAGAGCAUGCAUGGCUUCGGCACGGAUGUCUACCUGAAUGUGAAUCAUUUGGGGGAUGUCCUUGAAAGUGAUGGAUCAGAGAGACAUGUGCAGCUUGUCGCCAGUUAG